AUGGUUAGCAUAUCCGAGGUUAAGCAGCGUGAAAGCGCUUGCCCCUCUACAGCUGACGCCUCGGUCACGGCGGCAGAUGAUCGACUUGUCGUUCUUGAUUUCGUAGAAAGUUCAGGUGCUGAUGUUUCUGAUUUGGAGGAGAAGUUGCGAGAUGCUCACUCCAUGAUAGCGCAGCUUCAAACGAAUAUAUCCGAAAUUCAGCAUAAGGAACUAGCACAGGCAUACAAUGACUUAAAUGAGGAGUUUGAGAAAUACAAAGAAGUUACUUCGGCAAAUACGCAGGACAACAACAACCAAGAUCUUACGCGACGAAUAGACCUUUUAAAAGCAAACCUUAUUGAGUACGAAGAGCGUUAUGAAAUGUGCAAGCGAGAAAAUUUGGAGACUGUAGCCCAACUUGAAAGACUUUCUGGAGAGUUUGAACGACUAAAGACGGGAUUUGCUGAUGUGCGCGACCAGAAAGAUUCAGAUAUGUCAAUUGAGGUGGAUCGUUUGCGCAUUGCAUUAGACCAAGCAAAGCAAGAUCGGGAUCGACUGCGAGCAGAUGUUGACAAAUUCCGCUCUACUAUCGAAGGCAUCGACGUUGAGCUUGACGCCCUUCGUGUUUCCAAUCUACGCCUUUCCCAGGAAAAUGAGAGGAUGGGUUCCAUAAUUGAUCGGUAA